AUGUUGAGGAUCAAGAGGGUUCCCACUGUUCUUUCCAAUUACCAAAAGGAAGAGUCGGAGGACGCUGGUGCGACCGGUGGUUGUGGUCGUAACUGCAUGAGAGACUGUUGCCUACCAGGGGCAAAGCUACCUUUGUAUGCUUUCAGAAAAUCCGAUAAGGUUGAAUCCAGUGACAAAAAGGAGCCUCCUUUUGCUUUCUUGGAUUCCCUCCUCCUUGGAGAGUGGGAGGAUCGUGUCGAGAGGGGCCUGUUUCGCUACGAUGUUACUGCCUGUGAAACAAAGGUGAUUCCAGGAGAUUACGGAUUUGUUGCUCAACUAAACGAGGGUCGCCACCUAAAGAAAAGACCAACCGAGUUUCGGGUGGAUAAAGUUCUUCAGCCGUUUGAUGGGAGCAAAUUCAACUUCACUAAAGUUGGGCAAGAGGAGAUCCUCUUCCAGUUUGAAUCAAGUGAAGAUGAUGAAGUCAAAUUCUACCCAAAUGCUCCUAUCAACAUCGAUAACUCCCCAAGUGUCGUUGCCAUAAACGUGAGUCCAAUCGAAUAUGGACACGUGCUUCUAAUUCCUCGAAUUCUCGAGUGUUUACCCCAAAGGAUUGACCAUGAAAGCUUCUUGCUUGCACUUUACAUGGCAUCAGAAGCCGGAAAUCCAUACUUCCGUGUAGGUUACAAUAGUCUUGGUGCCUUUGCCACUAUCAAUCACCUUCACUUUCAGGCUUACUAUUUAGCUGUACCCUUUCCAAUUGAAAAAGCUCCAACCAGAAAGAUCACCGACUUCAAUGGCGGAGUUGUAAUUUCGGAGAUUCUCAAGUACCCAGUCAGAGGUCUUGUAUUCGAAGGUGGAUAUUCACUUGAAGAUUUAUCAAACGUUGUUUCUGAUUCAUGCAUCUGCCUUCAAGACAACAAUAUACCUUACAAUGUCCUCAUAUCAGAUUCCGGAAGACGCAUCUUCCUCCUCCCUCAGUGUUAUGCGGAGAAACAAGCUUUGGGAGAAGUGAGUAGUGAGCUUUUAGACACACAAGUGAAUCCAGCAGUUUGGGAGAUAAGUGGACACAUGGUGUUGAAACGGAAGGAGGACUAUGAUGGUGCAUCUGAGGAAAAUGCUUGGAGGCUUUUAGCGGAGGUGUCUCUCUCAGAAGAAAGGUUUCAGGAAGUGAUGGCAAUCAUCUUUGAAGCCAUCUCGUGUGCUGUUGUUGUUACAGAGGCUGGAAGCUUGGGUGAUGAAGAUGAGCUUCGGGAUGUUGAAGAUGUUGAUCAAGUUAGGGAUGUGGAUGGGUCCCACAAGGCGGGAAUCGUAGCUGGGAAGCAAGAGUGCAUGGUUCAGCACUAGGCGUUUUUUUUUUAUGUAAUUUGGAGUGUUUGAAAGUCUAGUUUCACAUUGAAUAAGGCCGUGCAUGGGUUUGAUUUGUUGUUCAUGUGUUGGCUAGAGCUAUAUUGUAUAAUAAUUUUGAGUUGUGGAAAAUCUGUUUUACGGAUUUUUUGUUUACCAUGUGGAAAAGAUGUUUUAACGUAUGUAUUUCAUGUGUGGGACGUCUGGUUUCACGUUUGGCUAGGUUUCAACAUGCAAAACAUGAAUGACUUGACAAUAUUGGUUGUGAUGAAUGAGCCAAGGGUGUGUUUUCCUAGUGUGAGUUAUCAUAUAACGACCUCUAAUAUUGUAGAUGGUAUGUACACAUUCUCAACAAAUGAACCAAAUUUAAAGAUAUCGAUGUUCAUUGAGGUUUUCCAAUGGUAUAGUACCGGUAUUCUCAACGCUGUGAUGAUGGAGAUAAAUAUACAAAUGUUGACACUUAUUACUUUUUAUAUUGUAUGAUGAUUAAUGAGAAUCCAAAUAUCUUUUGCAGCGGUAUUCAGGAUGAAAUUACCUUUGCCCACAAAUAGUAGGACAACUUUGAUGUACAUGAUAAUGAUUGCAUGAAGAGUACUGUUGUCAAUCUACAUGAUAUUGUUUGUAUAUCUCUGGAAGGCCAAUGCUCUAUUAUACCAUGUGGUCAUACGAAUAAUUUUGUUAAAUUUUCAUAUCAACGGUUUAUCAAUCUACAUACGGAAUGAAUAUAAUGCAUCCUCGUUCCAUUCCAUAUGAAUGAGAAAGGCCCAAUGAAGUAAUAAUCAUCAAACCCCCUAAGAUCCUAAGAGACUUGAUGCGCAAAGGGAACCAUUUGCAAUUUACGUUUAUGUAAUCGCAUUAUUUAAUUUUUAUGUCAAGCUUAUCAUACUAUUUUUUUAUGUGAUCUAGUUUUAUGUUUAUGGUAUUAAGUUUUAUGUUUAUA